CUGAGUAGGGGCCUGAUGCUAGCAGAGGGCCAGGUCAUCAUGAGGACGCUCUUCUUGCUGCUUGCUGUCUGGGCAGGGCUGGCUCUUGUCCAAUGUUCUCAAGGCCAUCCAUCAUGGCGCUACAUCUCCUCUGAGGUGGUCAUUCCCAGGAAGGAGCUGCACCAUGGCAAAGGCGUUCAGAUACCAGGCUGGCUAUCCUACAGCCUGCGAUUUGGGGGCAAGAGGCACGUUAUUCACAUGCGGCGCAAGAAACUGUUUUGGUCCAGACAUCUGCUGAUGAUGACUCAGGACGACCAAGGAGCCUUGCAGAUGGACUACCCCUUCAUCCCUCCAGACUGUUACUACCUCGGCUACCUGGAGGAGAUUCCUCUUUCCAUGGUCACCAUGGACACAUGCUAUGGGGGUCUUGAAGGUAUCUUGAAGUUGGAUGACCUUGCUUAUGAAAUCAAACCCCUCAGCGGUUCCCAAAGUUUUGAGCACAUUGUUUCUCAGAUAGUAGCAGACAUGAAUGCGACGGGACCUACCUAUAAACUGGGACAUCGGGAGGUUAGGGAUCCCCUAUUCUCUCAAGCAAAUGCCAGUGUUGUCCCUAGGAUCUCUAGUAAGAUGUAUUCAUCCCAUCACGGAAAUAUGAAAGCACUUGCCCUAAGUUCCAACUCAAUGUAUACUGUGUUUAACAAUGUGUCAAAAUGUGCCCAAUUCCUGAUAAGGGUAUUUAGUUUAAUUGACACAUUCUUUCAAGCUAUUGAUAUCAAUUACUAUAUUGGAUUCAUGAUCAUUUAUGAUCAGGAAGAUCCAACUUACUUGGAGUAUUAUCAUGAGGUACAUAGCCCAUAUGUUCGAUAUUAUCAGUCUUUUUUAUAUACCGUUCUUGAACCACAUUCAUCCAUAAUUUUGAUUAAAGAAGGGCCAGAGGAUCAUAAUUAUGAACCUGAGUUAUAUGGCAUUUGCCAAAAACGAAACCUCAUCAUGCUUGGUUACCUAGGCAGACAGUAUCUAUUGUUGUCUAUCACAGCAGCACAAAAGGUGGGAAAAAAUUUUGGUUUAUUCUAUGAUGGGAAAUUUUGUUUUUGUCAGAGAAGGUCCAUGUGUAUUAUGCACAGACCACUGUCUCUGACAGAUUCCUUCAGUAACUGUUCCUAUAUGCAUGUACAGCACAUAGUGGGUCGUGGGAAAGGUGAGUGCCUAUUCAGCACCAAAAUGGUAUAUUUAAAUAAAAGCCUGACCCACGAUCGUUGUGGAAACUACAUACUGGAUCAAGGCGAGGAGUGUGACUGUGGCUCCUUCAAACAGUGUUACAACAACCUCUGCUGUACAAAUGAUUGUACCUUCACCAUAGACAGCAAAUGUAAUACAGGCCGAUGUUGUACAAACUGCACCUAUUCCCCUCCUGGGACACUCUGCAGACCAAUCCAAAAUAUAUGUGAUCUUCCUGAGUACUGCCAUGGGGAGUCCUUGGCAUGCCCUGGUGAUUUCUAUAUGCAAGAUGGAACCCCAUGCACAGAAGAGGGUUACUGUUAUCAUGGAAAUUGCACUGACCGCACUGUUCACUGCCAAGAAAUCUUUGGCAAAAAUGCUGUGAAAGGUGCAGAUGCCUGCUAUACCAUAAAUAGAAGAGGCAAUAGAUACGGACACUGCAGAAGAAUAGAAGGGAGAAUGAAAGCUGACUUCUGUGCAAUCGAAGACAUUUAUUGUGGAAGGCUGCAGUGUGGUAAUGUCACACACCUCCCCCGCUUGCAAGAACAUGUGGGAUUCCAUCAGUCUCUAAUCUCAGGAUUCUGGUGUUUUGGGCUGGACUCACAUCGCUCCACAGGAGCAAAUGAUGUUGGUCAUGUGAGACCUGGUACCCCCUGUGCUCCAGGAAGGUUCUGUAACAAUACUUACUGUAAUGGCAGUGUGGUCCAACUGAAUUAUGACUGCUUACCUGAGAAAUGCGGCCACAGGGGGAUUUGCAACAAUAACAGAAACUGUCAUUGCCACAUAGGCUGGGGUCCUCCAUGGUGCAUUGAUAGGGGUGCUGGUGGGAGCAUAGACAGUGGACCCGCUCCAAGUAGGGUGCGGUUAGUCUUGCAGAGUCAUGAAUCCCUGAUAUAUCUGAGAGUGGUCUUUGCUCGAAUUUAUGCCUUAAUAACUGCACUCCUCUUUGGAUUCACCACAAAUUUAAGAACUAACAAGACAGUUAAGGAAGAGAAAGUUGGUGAAGCUCAUCAUGAAAUCAGACUGCAGAGCCCUGAACAACAAAAGCCAGUCCACAGGAGAAUGGCUGAAACUACAGUAGGAGGAGGCAAAGCUGACAUCCAUGUUUCCAGGAGUCUGGAGGAGACACAGGCAUCUCAGCGCACAUCACAGUGGUCCCGGCCCACAUCCCUGGGGACUCUGAGCACAUUCCAGGGGUCCCAGAGCGCAACACAGGUGUCUUGGCGCACAUCACAGCUGUCGAGGCUCACAACACAGAGUUCCAGGCGCACAUCACUGGGCUCUCGGCACACAGCACCAGUCUCUCACACCAGUUCUGUGAUAGGUCACUGA